CACAUACAUCCUUUGUUACAUUAUAAAACCAAAUACAUAGUAACAAAGACAAAACAAAAUAUAUUGGCAACCUAAAAAAACCAUCACAAACUUCAAACAAAUCCCAUAAAAAUGGGAGAAGCACAAAAAUUCUUCCAAUCUUCCUUAAUAAUUUUAGCAUCACUUUGCUACUCUUACUUGAUACCUUCAAAGCUUCCAAAAGGCAAAAUUAGGUUUUUUUCACUCCUCCCAAUUUUCUCACUCUUCACAAUUCUCCCACUUUCUCUUUCUAGACCAAUUCCAAUCACAAUAAUAAGUUGGUUCAUUACUUGGCUUGCUAACUCAAAGCUUCUCCUUUUUGCUUUCAAUCUCGGCCCAUUAUCGGCCCAAAACUCUCUAAUUAAUUUUAUUUUAAUUGCUGCAUUACCCAUUAAAAUUAAGGAAAAAGAUCCUCUACAUUACACCCAUCACAGUGAUCACACUAGAAUAUUACCCCCUGAUAAUUGGCUAAGAUCUUUCUUUUUUACCCUUUUUGUAAUAAUUUAUGACCUUACAAAAAGUUGGGUUAUGUUUGGAUGUGCAUUAUUUCUUUUUAUUGACCUAUGUUUUGCAUUUUGUGCUUUCAUUGUGGGUCCCCUAGGGUUAGACCUCGAAGAGCCGUCCGAUGAGCCUUACGCGUCAUCAUCUCUUCAAGAUUUUUGGGGUCGGAGGUGGAACCGCAUGGUAUCAGAUACACUGCGUCACACUGUAUAUAAACCCGUUAGGUCAACUUUUGUUGAUUUGGUGGGCCUUAAAUGGGCCCAAGUGAUGGGUACAAUGGCGACCUUUUUUGUAUCUGGGCUUGUCCAUGAAGUUAUGAUCUUUUAUGUGACCCGGGUUUGGCCCACUUGGGAGGUCACGUGCUACUUCUUGUUGCAUGGGGUGUGUGUUGUUUUGGAGAUGGCUGUUAAGAGGGAAUUGGGCUGGAAGCUGAAUUUUCAUUGGGCCGUUUCAGGCCCAUUAACAGUUGGGUUUGUGUUGAUAACGGGUUAUUGGUUGUUCUUUCCUACACUUUGGAGGAGCCAUGUUGAUUCUGAGUCUAUUGAGGAUGUCAAAGUAUUUGCCAAGAAUUUGAAGGAUAUUAUUAUACCAAGUAUAAAUUAAUUACAAGAUUUUUAUAUUAUAAGUGAAAGAAUUAGAACUCUAAUUUUUAUUUACGGUUGGUAUUAGAUCUUAUAUUAAAGAGUGAUAAUUAAAUGACGGAUUUAUUAUUUAGUAUAGAUAUGUAGUUACUAUAUUGGAAGAAGUAUUAUUUAUCAACAAGAUUUACUAGUUGAGUGUAUUA